UGUAAAUUGCGACUUGAGAGAGCUUUAAAGAAAAGCCCACUAUGUGGUACUUUCUUGUGUUACUUUUAAUAAUGAUGGAUUGUACUUUGAUGCCUUGUGUGCGAUCCAGAAUGAACCAGCUUUGAAAGAAAGAAAGAAAAAAAAAGAAAGAAAAUACGUUGACGAAUCAUCUCAAGGAUCUCUUGCGUUUAAACUGUACCCCGCCAGCAAUUGAUGACUUCCCCAGGGAUUACUUUACGGAGGAACAGCGACAAGGUGGUGCUGUUGUGCUUCACAUAGUCGGCAGUUUGUAUUUAUUCGCAGCUUUAGCUGUUGUCUGUGAUAAAUACUUCGUACCUGCCGUUGAGAAAAUAUGUCAAGCACUUAAUAUGUCUAACGACGUGGCGGGAGCAACAUUCAUGGCAGCAGCUACGUCAGCCCCUGAGCUUUUUGUCAAUGUGAUUGGGACAUUCAUUACGGAGGGUGAUAUUGGGAUAGGCACCAUAGUGGGAUCAGCUGUAUUCAACAUUCUCGCCGUGGCGGCAUGCUGUGGCAUUGGUGCAGGAAUGGUGGUGCCGCUCGAUUGGUGGCCAUUAACGAGGGAUUGCUUAGCAUAUGGAAUCACCGUUGCCAUACUCAUUUGCAUAAUUCACGACGAGCGGGUGGAAUGGUACGAGGCACUAACGCUCGUGCUGCUCUACAUAGUCUACAUUGCUGUUAUGUAUUUCGAUAAAUCCUUCCAGAAAUGCGCAAGAGGUAGUUUGAAGCACGCACGACAACGCAGGUCUCACGAUGGCACAGCGUGUAUGCAAUCGAAGAGCAGUCGGGAGAUGGAGACCCUUGAGGCCCACUUGCCGCUGCGUAUUGAGCACUUCCAGCAGAAUGGCAACAUUAAGAACAUCACGCACAUUGAUGCGAGCAACAAUGAACUCACCACGGCCAUUGACACGCAAUCCAAGACAACACCAAUGCGCGUCCCGGAACCCCCAAUGCCGGCUUCCGCAGACAAUUCCACGGUGGACGUGAAGGUGGACGCAGAAGCGGGUGCUGGGGAUGCAGCCAAGGUGGAGGCGAAGGAUGACGAGGAGAAUGAAAAAUUUUCCCUUGUGCGCUAUCCGUGCAAUGCCAGUUGUUUUAGACAAUUCGUGUGGUUCAUCACGUGGCCCAUUCACUUAGUCUUCUUCUUCACAAUCCCAGACUGUGAGAAGCCACGCCUGAAGAAGUGGUUCCCCAUUACAUUCCUCAUGUGCAUCAUCUGGAUAGGAUCGCUGUCCUACCUCGUAGCGUGGAUGAUUACAAUAAUCGGUGACACCCUCAAGAUUCCCGACUCUGUGAUGGGCAUCACCUUUCUGGCGGCAGGUACGAGCGUCCCAGAGGCCGUAUCGAGUGUCAUUGUGGCGAAGCAAGGGCACGGAUCAAUGGGCAUCAGCAAUUCAAUUGGAUCGAAUACAUUCGAUAUUCUCCUAUGCCUUGGGCUCCCAUGGCUCAUUAAAGCCGCCUUCCUGCCCAUUGAGCCGGGUCAUCACUGGGUCGGCAUCAAUUCAGCCGGUCUCGAAUAUUCCGCCAUCUCCCUCCUUUCCACCCUCCUGAUGCUCUACAUUACAUUUUCGUGCAACAAAUUCCGCCUCGAUCGCCGCGUUGGGCAUGUUUGUCUCAUAAUGUACGCGGUCUUCUUAAUUCUAGCUAGUUUAAUUGAAUUAAAUGUCUUUUUCCGUGUCAAUUUGCCCACCUGCGGCCGGUGAGCACAAUCACCCGCACAUAUUCACUGAGAGAAAACACAACAACAAAAUCCACGCGAUAGAUUUUUCAUUAUUAAUGUAAUAUUUAUAUUACAUUAUCUUUUCUAUAAUUUGUACCACGUGGGAGGAUUUUCUCAAGAAAAAAGAAAAUUCAAAGAUGAAUAAUUUAGAACAUGGAGAUUCUCAAUAAUUUUUCGUCAUGAUUAAAGUCGAAAAAUCAAUUUGACAUGAAAGAUCUCUCAAUUUAAAGAUCUUCCAAUGAAUUAGAGAACGAAAGAUCUUCCUUAUUUUGAGAGCAAAAUCCUAUUAAAACCAAAUAGGAAAAAAGAAGAGCAACACUAAAAAAAAAGACAUCAGAUCAACCCAGACACAAAAAGACUAGCAUAAAAGUAUUUUAAAUUAUAAUUCUAUGUUUAAUGUUAUGUAAUUUUAAUGUUUUAAUUAUUAUUUUGUUAGAAAUGUGUUUGUAAAGUUGGAAGAAAGAGCUUUUCUUCAGCAGUGAAAGGGGCUGAAAAUUUUGUAAAUUUUAGAAAAGAAAAUAUAACAUUUUUGUUAGAAAUAAUUUAAUGUUUUGAAAUUUCCCAAAGAUAAGAAACUCACCUUAAAAUCUUGCCGUAAAAAAAAUAUUCAAAAAAUAAAUAUUCGCAGUUGUAAAAUAUUUUAAAGAAUUUCUAUUUUAAUAUAGGUUCUAAUGAAAACGUUGAAAAGAACUUGAAAGAAAUAAAAAAAGCCUUUUUGAAAGAAAAAUUUAUUUUCCGCAACUUUUUACUUUGAACAGCCUAAUUUUCUUCUUUUUCCCCAAUUUUAAGGGAUUUUUUGCACAUCUUCUUUAAGAUUAAUUAAAUGUCAAUUAAUUCGUAAAUAAUAAUAAAUGAAAAAUAUGUGAAAAUAUUUAAAAAUAUUCUACAAAAAGAUCUUUAAAUGAUCCUUCAAUGUUUUUUUUUUAAUAAUUUUCUGUGAUUGACAAAAAAUAAUGAAAGAAAAAAUGACAAAACAAUUUGUAAAAAAAAUGCUUUUAAAUUUAAGAAUUAAAAUAAAUUGUCUAAACUAGAAAAGACCUUUUAAAAAUUUCUCAAAUGAAAAACUUUUAUGUAAAAAUUUUCUCUCAGUGUUGUGUUAACCCUUGCAUGGCUCUCAAUAUUGUGACUUUGCCUGUAUAUAGAUAACGUCCAGAAGAGAGAUAAACUCAUUAUCUCUGAUAGCCCCGAGAGCCCUCCUCGGAAUCCGUAAAGCCAUGUAAAUUUAUUUUGGAGAAGAAUUUCGGUUGUAUCAUACACACACGGUUUCGUCAUGCAAGAAACGGGCAAGGCAUAUAAUGAGAGAAACCCUUUUUUGCUUUUUUUUUAUUUUUCAUGCAAAAAAAAAUCCAUAAAUGGCAAAAAAAAACGAUUUGGAAAAGCCACCUAAUGGGAAAAGCUUUCACUGUAGCAAUACAUACAUACAUUUAAUCACAUAAUUUAAUUUAUAUUAAUGCUGACGUCUCUUGUUCUUUUUUUUCUCAAAACUUUUCUUCUUUUCCUCUCACUAAGUUUUUCUUCCCUUGUUUGACUUUUCUCUCCUUUCUCUCUCUCUCUCCUCUCCCCCCUCAUUACUUUACUUCCAACUCCUCUCCAUCCUGUGUGUUGCGGUAUAAAAAAAUAUUUUUUUUCAUGAGAUCUGUAUUAUAUACAAAGCAGAGAAAAUUAUUUAAUGGAGAACUACGUUGUUAGAGAAGAAUGUAUAUUUAGUGGAUUUAUUUUCAUAAAUAAUAAAGAAAAAAAUGUAAAUAUUUGCAGAAAUAUAAAUAUUUGUAAUUUUAUGUAAUAACGUCAUCCCUAUAUUAUAUAUUUAGUUCCUAUAAAAUCAAUGUGCAUUACAAAAUAAAAACUUAGGCAAUAUGUUCAAAA